UCACAUUGGCGCAUGUAAUACAAAAUCGAAUUGUCAAAAAUGUGCGAAUCUAAACAUUUAUACACUGAAACAGUAAGCACAUUGACUAUUACACGAGUGCAAGUGAAAUAGAUAUAAAACUAUGCUUAAAAUUCACAUUUACGCAAUUGUCAAUGUCGAUAUGAUACUGUCAAUGUGAUCGGCCGUAUGGAAAUGAAAACAAUGUCCAUGCCGUACAAAGAGUAAACCCGCAUUUCAAACUUGUUUAAAUUUAAAUAAUACUCGAAAUAUAUUCGAGUAAAGUGUUAAAAAAGCAAGUAAUUUUCUUUUACAAGCAAUGGAUAAUCAAGGAGAAUUUCUGCAUUUCCUAGAUAUACUAGAUUUGGAUGAGGAAGUUAUCGAUACCCAUUUGAAAAGACUUAUGGAAAUAACUCACCAUUCCAAUAAACAUCUACGUAAUAUUAUUCAAUUACUGAAGUACAAACUGCUUGUUAACGUCCAAGAAGGUAUAGAAUGUGAGAAUAGCGAAGAGUUUGAUUUCAUAGUUAAAUUACUGAAGGAUCUAACGAGUGACAAUGUCGGUUAUGUUUGUGAAAUUAUCAACAUGGUACUGUGCUUGAAACCAAGUGAUGUGGCUAGCAAAGCUGAACACUUGCUGCAGCAAAUAUUGUCCAACAUUGACUUCCAACUGGAAGCACCAUCUACCUCCUUGCCUAGUGAUAUAAACAUGGACAAAUUACUUUGUUUAAAAGUCGCUGAUAGUAUCCUGAAUGCGACCAUUCAGUUUGGAGAAAAAGUGUCCUUACUGUUCUUAGAGACACCUUUAGAAAAGGUCCUAGAUUCAUCAGAUGAAGUACUGAAAGUAUACUUUUUAACAGAUAUGGUACCAGCACUACUUUAUGGGGUAGUAGGCUAUGAUAUACUAGACAGGAUAUGGGACCACAUACAGUCAUUCAAAGGGGAUAAAAAGGAGAAUGCAUUAAAGGUACUCAGCUGCCUCUCUGAUUACUACCUACCCACCCCUGAUGCAAAAGGAGAUAGCCAAUUUGUAUCUGAAAUUGUCCACCAGUAUAACUUUUGGGAGAUUGUAUUAUUUGGCAUGAUGUCUGACAAUCCAUCCACUAGGAAAAUAUCUGUGUACCUCACUAAAAAGGCAAUAGACUCUAUUAUAGCCACCAAAAAGGAUGUCAAAGUUAUAUAUUUAAAUGAAACAAUAUUCCAAUGGAAUAAUGGCAAUACUAAAGCUCUGAAAACAAUGUGGCAUAAUUUCUUUAUCUUAAUAGACAGUUUAGAAGAAAAGCAGGGAAACAUAGUGUUACCAUCACUAAAAUUAUUUGAAUCUAUACAUGUUGGUGAUUGGUGGUUGAACUCAGCUUUUAACAUGGGUCUUAAACAUGAGAAUACUCAAGUCAGAUUAAAAUGCAUGGAGUAUAAGCUUAAGACUAAAAUUAGAAAUGAAACAGAAGCUCAAAUAUUGCUGGAAGCCAUUAAUGAUAUUAAUUUAUUUGAUAACAGUGCAAUAUAUCAAGGCCUAAAGGCUCAGAUACUGGAAUUAAUGGCUGAUCCACAAUCAUUUAUAGAAAUAUUUAAAUCUAUAACUCAAGUUAAAUGGUCUCCUAUACCAUUGUACCACUUCACUGAUGUUUUAACCAAUUUAAGAACUGAUGUUUCAUUAGUAGCAAAUGAUAAAGAAUUGUCCAAAACUGUAGCAGAUAUUUUGAAGAUACCUUGUAAUAAUGUUGUUUUACGAAGAGCAGUACAGAUCAACAUUAUAUAUUUCAUAAAAAAUUGCCUAAGUCACUUAAAUUGGAGAGAUAUUAUAAAUAUUUACCCUAAUAUUAAUCUAAAAGUUCCCUUUCAAGAAAACCCAUUUAUUGAAAUUGUAAAACAAGUCCCAAUAACAAAUGAAGAUAGAGUAAAUAAUUUAAAAAUAAUGUCAGAGAGUCACACAAAUGUAGACCUUAUUUUGCUGUACUUGUUGGCUCAUGAAGAGGAUACAAGAAUCGUUAUUGAAAUAAUCGAAGAUAAAAUGAAGAAAAUAGAAGAAGGCCUUAACAGGCAAUAUGCAGAUAAGAAAGACUAUCUCAAUGAUGUUUUAUUCUUAAUGGAUUUGUCAAGCAAAACUAAAGAUUCUUCCCUAAGACACAAUAUUAAUGAAGUGAUCACAAAGCAAAAUAAGACUUUAUUGCUCUAUCUACUAAGUCUGUUUUCUAAUGACGUGAUAUUAAGAAUGGAGGAUAUAUCGAAAUUAUGUAAAUAUCAUGAAUUUAUUUUUAAUGAAAAAGAGCUGGGAGAUACAUUAUUGCAGCUCUAUAAAACUGCUGUUUUAUUUCUGAAGUCUAACCCAGAUAUAGAUAAAGCAGUCAUUAGUUUAUUUAUUAUAAAAAUGCUACACAGUAGUCCUGUAAUGCUAACCAAUUAUAUGCAUGAAAUGCUUAAUGUAAAUAGUUUUAUUCAAAUAGUUGCAACAAUAGAAUUCAAAGAUGCCCAAAAUGAAAGUGUGGGUAGAUCGAAAAAUGUGUUCUAUGAAAAGACUUGUGCAAUAAUAUGCUUUAUGAUCAAAGAAGAGAAAGAUGUUGAUUGUUGCUUAGAUGAGGUGAUUACUUACAUCGAAAAUGUUCUGGAACGUGGAGGGUAUGGGUGUCUAAAAUGGAUCCUGAAGACAGUCAACAAAAUCAUUAACAAACUUACUAACGAUAACACCAACUUCAACUUAAUUCAGUUUGUUAAUAGAGUGUGGACUGAAAUUGAGGAGCUGAAGUCCAACAGCCAAUAUUCACCAUGCAUUGAAGAGUUUGUUAAAUUGAUAACUCAAGAUUGUAUUCUAAAAAAUGCAAUGUACAACAAUUCGGUUGUAACUACAUACUGCAAUAAGAUCAUAGAAUAUGGUCCUAUAAAAACGAAUCCACUCUUCUACUUGAUUAGGAAAUUAAAUGGGAAAGAUAUGAAGGAGUAUGGGCAUUUGAUUUAUGUUUUAUGUGAGAUAUUGCUCUACUGUCCCGUACCUAGGAAAGAUCAGAGGAUUUCAGAUAAUGUAACACUAGAAGUUCUACAAGAUCCGAGAUAUCGCGUAAAUAAAGAAAGUAUUGAUGUCCACUUCAACUACGAAAUCCAGUAUCUUGCAAUAGCAUCAUUAUGCAACAUCAAUGACGCAGAAACUCUCAGCAUGAUCACCAAUCUCACGACCAUUCGCAUCGACAGCCUAUUCAAGAAUAAACAGCGUUACCAUGGCAACUCGCAAUUGCACAGAGUUUUGCAAACUACCCUACAACAUAUGUUGUUGCUAGUGUUGAAGAAUGGGGAUUCAAAGAGUUUUUGGAGUGAGAGUAAUUGGUGUUUGGAUAUGUUUGUGAAGCUCCCACAUCAACCCAGUGUCAGGAUUUGCUUCGAAUGGUUCAUUUCGCUGUAUUUUUAUGUUGAGAAAAUCGUCAUUGGCGAAGAAAUGCUACAGAUUAUGAAAUCUAGACACAUACCACUAAUUUCUCAGUUCUUCAUACUAUAUUGGGUGCUAAAGCAUAAAAUAUCGAACAACACAUACACAGAACUUGAGUACAAUUUUGUUUUGGAGUUCCUCCUCUCCCAUACAAUGGGUCAACUAUUCAACGUUAGAUUGAACGCACAAUAUUUGGCAACCGUCCUAUACAAACUGGCGAACAAAACGACUAAAUACGAAUACACUAUAAACAUUAUAGAAAGAACCUUUUCAGAAUGUAAUACCGACAAGAACUACAUAAAACUUCAAAAUGAUUAUUUUACUAAUGACUUUGAUAUUGUUGGCAACCUUACACCGUAUUUCAUAUAUUAUUUAUUGCCAAAAUUGUGUGAAGUAGACAGUAAUGAGAAGAUCGAUAUGCAGUUUGUUAAUCAUAUAAUCAAGGAUAUUGAUGAAAAGGUGGCUAAAGAUGGUACUGGAGACUUCAUAAAUGAGUGGAAAUGUUGUCGGAAGGCCGAUGAUCAGUUUGCAGUGAUCCAACCGAGUAAAGGUCUUGAUGAGAGGAAUUCUGAAGAUGUCGAAGCCAUGGGGACUAUUCAGAAGAAGUAUAUUCCUUGGAGAAAUAUGAGCGAUGUUAAUGUUUAUGAUGCGGGGAAGAAGAGGGAAAGUCCAAGCCAAUUAAUAGUGGUGGCAUCAUUGAUAGAUAAGCUACCCAACUUGGGUGGAAUGGCGCGCACCAGCGAAGUGUUUGGCGUUCAAACGUAUGUCGUGGACAGUUUGAGGCACCUUCAGGACAGGCAGUUCCAGGGACUCAGUGUAUCAGCAGAAAGAUGGAUCAACGUAGAAGAGGUUCGUCCUGGCCGUCCUCUCAAGGAGUACCUUCUGAAGAAGAAAGAGGAGGGAUACGCCGUGGUGGCUGCGGAACAGACCUCCAGCAGCACCAAGCUGCAGACUUUCAAGUUUCCUAAGAAGACUUUAUUGUUGCUUGGCCACGAGAAAGAGGGCGUGCCAUGCGACUUGCUGCCCCUAAUGGACCACUGCGUGGAAAUCCCUCAACAAGGCUACGUCAGAUCGCUAAAUGUACACGUUACGGCCGCCAUAUUCGUUUGGGAGUACGCUAGACAGAAUGUUUUGUAACAAAACAUCAUUUAUUACCUCUACACCUACAAGCUUACAUAAAUAGGCACCUUGUUGAAUAAAAAAUGGCUGUGACAUACGGACGGACAGACAGACAGAUAUGACGAAUCUAUAAGGGUUCCGUUUUUUGCUAUUUGGCUACGGAACCCUAAAAAGACUGGUUUGUUUGUAUGAGAUAGAUGUGGAAAAAUAUUAUUAUGAUGGGGGCUACCGUGUUUAUUUAGUCACCAGAUGGCGCAAAUGUUUUGUCCAAUCACUGUAGCUGUCAAAUAUUUAACGUCCAAUGGUGUGACACAAGCUAAUUCCCUAUUGGACGAAUAGCGAGAAGAUCUCACUAUUGCCAUCCUGUGAGUUAAAAUACAGUUUAUACAGUAGCCCCAUUAUGUACUUUUCAAUCCUAUAUAUGUAUAGACUUUUUACUAUUUUUUAUGCCAUUUAUAUAAGCCUGUCAGGUUAAAGCUAAAAGCUGCAAUAACAAUUUUUAUUUUAUAAUUUGAAUUUUUAUUUAAAUUUUAAAUUGUGGACGUCAUUGCGAUGUGCGAUUUUGCUGCACAAAGCUUCAUAAUUGUUCAAUUGUUAAAAAAAAUAAAAAUAAUAAUGUUACAUAAAAUUUUACAUAUUUUUUAUUAAAGUUUAUAACAGUAUAA